GGCUCAGUCCAUAAGGUCCGAAGGACAUACGAUACGAUUCAUUAAACAGGGUUUUGUGUGGAAGUCACUCUACUGGGAUUCAUUAUAUCUAUAGUCAGGUGGGCGGGAAGCAGCUCGUUCGUCCAUUCCGAAAGGCUGUUCAAUUUCACUUCUCAUCGACACUAAUAAAAUGGGGAUAAAGGGUUUGACAAAGCUUUUAAAGGAUAAUGCUCCCAAAGCUGUGAAGGAGCGUAGCUUCCAUAGCUAUUUUGGCCGCAAGAUUGCCAUUGACGCUAGUAUGAGCAUUUACCAGUUCCUUGUUGUCGUGGGAAGAAGUGGGACUGAGUUGCUUACUAAUGAGGCUGGUGAAGUAACUAGUCAUUUACAAGGCAUGUUUACCCGGACAGUUAGACUUCUAGAAGCCGGAAUGGAACCAGUAUAUGUUUUUGAUGGGAAGCCGCCUGAUCUGAAGCAGCAAGAGCUGGCUAAACGUUACUCAAAGAGAGCUGAAGCUUAUGAGGAUUUGUCAGAGGCCAUAGAGUCUGGCAACAAGGACGACAUUGAAAAAUUCAGUAAAAGGACAGUCAAGGUGACAAAGCAGCAUACUGAAGGGUGCAAAAGACUUUUAUCACUCAUGGGAGUGCCUGUUAUUCAGGCGCCAUCAGAAGCUGAAGCACAGUGUGCUGCACUUUGCAAAUCUGGAAAGGUUUAUGCAGUGGCUUCUGAAGACAUGGACUCGUUAACAUUUGGGGCUUCUAGAUUUCUUCGCCAUUUAAUGGGCCCUAGCUCAAAGAAAGUUCCAGUUAUGGAAUUUGAAGUUGCCAAGAUAUUGGAGGAGCUAAAUCUGACCAUGGAUCAGUUUAUUGACUUGUGUAUUCUUUCUGGGUGUGAUUAUUGUGGAAGCAUUCGAGGUAUCGGUGGUAAGACUGCUUUGAAGCUCAUUCACCAACAUAGCUCUAUAGAGAACAUAUUGGAGAACAUAAAUAAAGAGAGGUACCAGAUACCAGAUGAUUGGCCAUUUCUGGAGGUUAGGCAGCUUUUUAAGGAGCCAACAGUGUUAGCUGAAGAAAAGCAACUAGAUCUUAAGUGGACUGCUCCCGAUGAAGAAGAGUUAAUGGCAUUUCUGAUAAAUGAGAAUGGAUUCAACAGAGAUAGGGUGACAAAGGCAAUAGAAACAAUUAAAGCUGCAAAGAACAAGUCAUUACAAGGCCAAUCGGAAUCUGUUCUUAAGCCAGUGGCAAAUUACUUUGCACCUAUUAAACGAAAGGGGAGCAAAUGCACGAUUAGAUCCUUUAAACCAGCAGCCGAGCGUAAGAUGUUAUCCCCACAACUUAGUAAAUGGUGGAAGCCCAUGCUUAUCGGCAACCUGAGCAUUGCUAACACAUCUUUCAAGCUACCUGUCUUUAUUAAACACCAGACAGUGCUGCUAAACAGACUGCCAAAAAGACAGGCCUGUGGUGUUGAGAAAGAGCUAGCUUUGUGUUGUGAAAAAUCUGAUCGGGGUAUUUGCAUGUUGAUCGUGGCAAAUCUGUGCGUCAUUCAGCUCUGAUUUGUUCUAUUCUCUGAUUAUUCACGGGAGAUUGACGUUUUCAUUAAUCUGUAUUCUGCUAUCUGUGUUUUUUUUUUCCUUCGGGUGAUAUAGCUAUCGAAGAUCUGCAGUCUUUGGAAUGUAAAUUGUUUCGCAUGUGAUGAAA